AUGCUGGAUGAGCGGGACACUGCUGAUGCUGACCAGCAAGAGCUGCAGAAAUUCCUCGCCUUGCAACAGGAUGAGGCAGCCAUCACAGCUAAAUGUAAGCGCAACUGCUCCCCUUUGCCUGUGGCUGGUCCCUCUAGCAAAAAGAUUUGGUCAGAUGCUCCCAAAAAGUGUUCUCAUCGUAAGUCCCCUGUGGCAGAGGCGACUCCGGAAUCUCCCCUUUGCAUCCAAUUGGUGGUUCCCCUGGGUCAAUUGGUUGUAGCCUCCACUUCCAUUCCUGUUCCCCCUCGCACCUCCCCUUCCCUAAUGGAGGUACCUCACAGGGACCUGCCAAUGCAGGGUCCCAGCGAUCUGGUUUGGUUGGCAGCUGUUGCGGAAGCGCAUUCUGGUUUGGUUCAACAAGCCGUUUCUUCCUCUUCCGCCCGAACACCUAUAAAGGGUGCCGGACAAGACCUCCUUUCUUCCAAUAUGCCUCCCACUCCUCAUCCCACCUUGUGUCUUGCUGCUCGGUUCCUUGCUCUAAAUGAGGCCCUACUGAAGGCUCCUGGUCGAAGUCUCUUGGAGUGUUUCUGGAAAGUGCAGGAAGACCUUCGAGAUGCCACCAGGAAGUGGAAAGUUGCUGUGGAGAAGCUAUCCACCUCUACUCGCAAGAACUCACAGUUGACGGCCACCCUGCUGCACCAACAAGGUCUUGUUCACGGAUCUAAUGCUUUGGCAACACGUCAACAUCAUCUUGUGGAGGAGUUGCAAGAGGAGGUCCAUCGUGCCCACGGUUGUGCAGCAUUUGCUGACCAAAUAAUUAAGGAAUACCCUGAUGAGGGUUAUUACGGGGUCAUUCUGCCCCCUAUUUUACAACUCAAAGGGGAUCUUAACAAGGCUUGUGAGGACCUCUGCUAUGUCGCCACCUUCGCUCAUCACCUUUACCAUUCCAAUCCUGCCACAGUCCUUCAUCACCACCGUUACAUUGGGGUGAUUAUUGAAGCUGUGGUCGCCUUCCUUCGUUGUGGUCCCAAUUCUGAGAAUCUCAAUGUUGUCGUUCACAGCUUCCAGUUGGCAUUGGAUUAUAUGCGGGCGGCUCAAGGUGUCCAUGGUGAUUUGUAUAUGCGGUCCAUAAGCAGUAUCCAGUGGUUUUUUAGCAACACUGUUGAUGAAGAUGAGGGUCUUUAUCGCAUGGUCUUGGAGCACUCUCGAUUUGACAAUGACGCUCCUUUCUUGACGGCUGCUCAACAUGGCGGUUUUGCUCCUCCUCCUGAUGAUUCUUUGGAACCCCUUCUUCACCGGCAAAUGUUAGCGCUGUCUACAGCUCUCCUUCAUAGUGGCGGCGCUGGGAGGUGGGACGAUAUCGUUCCCGCCCUUCCCAGUAUUGACCAGCUGACUGCUGAUUGGGAGCAGUUAAUGUUACAAUAUAUCCACCACAUCACCAAUACCCCAUUGUCUGGCCCAGAUACCCAAGCUCCCAUGUUGUCGGUGGAGCCAGUUACCAAAUCGUUGGGUGAGGUAAGUGUCGAGCAGUCCCUUGAAGCGCUAGUUGCCCUGGUGUCCUCCCCCUCUGUUGGUUCCAACCCACAGGUCCCUCUGUUCCUGCCUGAGCAGGAGUCGCCAACAUCCCCUUCCCCUCCUCCCCCUUCUCCCAAUCUGCCCCCCCUUUUUGAUCUGUCACCAAUCUAG